AUGCGCGUCUCCCCCUGGUCCCGGUCCUCGGCUGCAGGAUGCGGCACCGGGAUGCAAUUCUCUCCUCCCUCCGCGAAUGAGCUCACGGCACCGAGAGGGCGGGGGACACACACACAUCGCGGCGGCGCGCGGGCUGCCUUCAUCCCCCCGUUCCUCCUCCUCCUCUUCCUCCCUCCUCCUCCACCGGGAGCGCGGUCGCCCAGCCAGGAGCGAGCAGCCGGCUGGAGGAUGCUGCAAACAGCGGCGGAGCCGGGCGGCUGGGCAGGCAUGAAGCGACCCUUGAGCCCAUCCCACAGCCCCGAGAGCGGGGUGAGGCUGCUGGAGGUGGGCAGCUGCCCGCCCGGCCAGCCCGAGCAGCACCUGAAGCGGGAGAAGAAGCAGCAAUCGUUCACCCUCUGCGAGGUCUGCAACAUCCAACUGAAUUCAGCAGUGCAGGCGCAGGUCCACUACAACGGCAAGAGCCACCAGAAGCGCCUCAAGCAGCUCAACAAGGGCAAGCUGCCAGCACCACAAGGUCCCUCCGGACACAGCAGUCCCCUCUUAGCAUCGUUGCCUAUCCCUGGCCGUCCCCUCCACUCCCCCCUGGACAUCAAGCACUUCCUGACCCUCAGGCUCAACAGGACGUCACCACUCAACCUCUUCCCCAACUUCAACACGAUGGACCCGGUGCAGAAGGCAGUGAUAAGCCACACCUUCGGCGUGCCCACCCCGCUCAAGAAGAAGCAAUUCAUCUCCUGCAACAUCUGCCACCUGCGCUUCAACUCGGCGAACCAGGCAGAAGCUCACUACAAGGGCCACAAGCACGCACGGAGGCUGAAGGCCAUUGAGGCCAUGAAGAACAAGCAGAAGGCAGCAGGGGCUGUGGUGGUGGCUGCUGGCCAGGAUGGCUCAGCCGACUUCGCCCCCAGCCCCGAGGGCAGUGGGGAGCCUGGCAGCACAGCUCCAGCCAACGGAUUGCCAGAGCCGGAGGGUGAGUGCAGCACCCUGGCGCUGAUGCCCGGCACCGAGGAGCCGCCCGUGGAGCUCCCCGCCGGCCCGCUGCGCUCCCCGCCGGCCUCAGAGCUCUCAGAGGGCACCUCGGACGUCACCAGCGUGGCCUCCUCCUCCACCGCGCAGACCGCCGAGGCUCAGGCUGCCGAGUCGGGCAGCAGCGUCAGCUCGGCCCUCGAGAGCGAGAAGGAGGGGAAGAAGAGCAAGCAGCACCUGUACUGCCCCACCUGCAAAGUCACCGUCAACUCCCUGUCCCAGCUGGAGGCUCACAACACCGGUGCCAAGCACAAGUCAAUGCUGGAAGGUCAUGGUGCCCAGCUGCGGCGGGGCCGGGGCAAGCUCCUGUCCCGGGCAGGGCACAAGUCCAAGCGGAUUGGCAACAAGGGCAGCAUCAACAUCCAGAACAAAGCCUUCCAGUGCCAGGUGUGCGAGAUCUACGUCAACUCGGAGACACAGCUCAAGCAGCACAUGAGCAGCCGGCGGCACAAAGACCGACUGGCAGGGAAGCCGCCCAAGCCCAAGUACAGCCCUUACAGCAAGCUGCAGAAGAAUGCUGCCCUCGCAGUGAGUAUUCUCCAGUCCAAGCUGGCUUUGCAGAAGCAUCUCACCAAGACGCUGGCAACUCGCUUCCUGCCCAGCCCGCUCACCGCGGCCACCGUCUGCGCCAUGCCAGGGCCCCUGGCGCUCAGACCAGCUGCUGCCACCACCCUGUUCCAGGCCCCGAUCCUCGGACCAGCUCUCUUCCGAACGCCGCCAGCCCACGUCCGCCCCACGCCAGGCCCCAUUGUCUUUGCGCCCUACUAG